AACUCCCUGAAACUUCUCCUAAGAUAAGCGUGGGUCGCGAUGUCUUGGACUCUGGGGACAUCUUACGAGCCAACUGUUCAUGUCCUCCAUCCAGACCGCCUGUUAAACUGUUGUUUAAACUUAAUAACUUAACGGUUGCCGAAAAUAACCCGCAUCCUUACACCAAACUUCAGGAACGGUCAUGGAGUGAUUUAUCUUUGGAUCUUCCAUUAGAUGACUUUCAUUUUGAUAAUGGUCGACUAGUGUUACAUUGUAUUGCGGUUCUUCCGGGAAUACUUCACGAUGAAGUUCAACUUGAGUUGGAAAGUGCCAAAAAUCCCCUGCCACAAAGAGUGAGCGGUCUGAAUGGGGUCAAGAAAGCUUCAGUGCAAACAAAGCUGCCGUACAUUUUGCUUUGUUAUUUUUUGUUCCAAAGUGCCAUUGUUGGAGUAGUCUAGUUGGUUAUUCGUUAUACAAUUUUUACGCCAAAUGUGUAAACAGGGAAAUGCCAAGAGUUCAAAUAAUUACCACUGCACUUCACUUGAUUUAUUUGUGAUAUAAACUUUCUUGUUUCAAAUAACUCUCCAAAUGGUUUUGGAGAGUUAGUUGUUAAUUAGUUAUUUGGAAAUUUAAAUUAUAAUCAUACUAGAAAGUAAUAUUGUAAAAAAUAAGCGCUGAGUAAAUUUAAAGUGACUGUGGAAACGGUUCAAUGAUUUUUAGAAAGGAAAUUUAGUUUUAUCCCUAUAAACGUGUAUUUACAAUCAGUAAUUUGUUGAAAGAGACCAAAAUUCAGUUCCGUAUCUACACUAGUUUUCAGUAUUUUAUUUGCUGUUCUGUUGCUCAUAAAACAUUUUAUAUAAUGCAAGUGUCGGAAAAUGUGUUAUCUGCAAUAUUUUCCAGCAAAGAAGGGCGGCGAAGGGUUCAGUGACAACUCAAUACAUUUUCAGUCGAGUGAAAAAAUAUUUCUGAAGAAUCUUCAAACAUCUUAUAUUUCUAUAUUUUUAUUAGAUUGGGUUAUAUUUUCCAUAGAGUUUGUACUAUAACAUAAAAUAUUUAUUUUGAUCUAGCGUGUUACCAAAUUUAAAAGUUGUAGAACCAAAACUUUCACAUUUCGUGGGGUUGAGGGCAUUAUUUUACUUAUUAUUAUUAUUAUAAGUCCAAUUUAUUUCAGCCCACUUAAAUUGCAAGUCGUUGAUGGGUUUGCAUAUGUCUGAGGGAACCAUAGUUUGUUUUAAAUUGCAAAUCGAUUACACAAUUAAUAACAAAAUAGCAUUCAGAAAUGGACUAAAUUUUCAUGAGUAAUCGUACAAAACUGGAUUUAGAUGCAAUUGUUCAUUCCAGAACUUGCCAAAAUAAUAAUAUAUGGGUGUUAAAACUUGCUACAGAUUGAAUAAAUUCUUACCCGCACGGUCAAACAUUCUGAGUUAAAUGUAACAACAAGGACCAAAUUAUACCUUGUGUGUGAAAAUUGCAAAUUUAGCACUUAUUAGCACAACGCUUUGAAACGCACACAUAAAAGCUGAAGAACAAGUCCUUUAAAAUGUAAGUCCUAACAUAAAAAUUCAUGCUUCACCACAAAUACAUCCAAGCUAUUUUAUUCGUACCUAUUAGCUCUCAUUAAAUUGGUUUACCUGAAAGUAAAGUAAGUAGUAUGAACCUUGCAAUAAAAUGUUCUUCAUCAUCAGAUCCACCAGAGGUUGCUGCAGUAAGUAGGUACAGAUCUCGAUAUAUAUUAAUUUUAGGCACCCUCAGGUGUACCUACAAUAGAAACCUAAACUGCUCUGAUUAUGCCGACAGUUUAGUUGUUCUUGCAAACCAACAGUUGAGACCUAGUAGGCUCCAAAUCGGUCCUAUGGGAGCGAUAUUAGUGCAUAUUGACAUAUUUAUCUGCUUGAAGCAGAACUUUCAACGGUUCUGAUUAUGCCCAGAUUAUCAUCGUUCUUUUUUUGUGUGGCUACGACUUAAUAAUCCUUAAAUAGGCUAAUAAUUUUGGGGUUCCACAAAACCUCAGCUAGCAACAAGUCAUAUUUUCUUCAACAUUCACAGUUUACAAAAGCAGCAUGAUAAUGUAUUAUGACUAAUUCAACCCAAAAGUCUACUAAACUAAUAAAACUAUAGUUUUCAUGAAUUCUCUAAGCAAAAACCCUGAUACAAACAAAAAGAUGACCUGCGGGUUUCGCUUUUGCCCAUGAAACUUUAGUCUACUUUCCAGCCCUAAUAAUAAAUUUUCCAGUAUGUUCUUACGCAUGUAUUUCAGCUUUAAGAAUUGAACGACAAUAGAAUGUUAUUCUUGCGAAACCCAAUAUUUAGCUUUUUUAAACGAUGUAUUAUUUUAUCCCAGUUACCACGAUGCGGGUAAUAUUGGACUUCAUAUUGUAAAACGGUUUAUCCUGCUUAGAACACAAGUUUUCUAAUCAAAGUAAGAUGUCUGGAAGUUACACCAAUUUUAAUUAAUAAAAGAAAAAUAACUUUCUCCAUUCUUCUCAAAGUUGUCAAUUUUUUUACAUCUUAUUACUCACCUGCCACAUAUUUUGCUUUAAUCAUAUAUUUCAUUGUGGAUGUUUUCAAUUUAUUCCAAUGUAUACCUACGGGACAAAUGUACAUUUUAACAUUGAGCUGCACUCAUUAAACUGCUUAUUAAAUCAAUAUUAGUUGACGUUAAGUUUGCAUAUUUUGUAAUUCUUGGCGAAAAUAUAGAUGUUUGUUAUUAACACUGCUAAUGUUAAUUUUAAAUGGAUUGGAUGCUUUAACAUUUGAAACUUUUGUGUAUCGAUUGUGGGUGACGAUCUAAGCAUGAUGGAGAAUUGUUAUUGGUAUAACGUUGCUGUUCAGGGUAAUUAUUCUGGGGGGCGGAUUAGAAAGAAACCCGAAAAGUUUCUUUAAUACAUAUUUUAUUUUAUGAUUCUUCUUUUGGGCGUUGAAAUUGUAUAAUUAAUUUAAUUUCUCAGUUUCAAUAUUAACUAGUUAUUGCUGUUUGUAUUGUUUCGGUUGGUCUAAGGCCUAGUCUAACAAAAUCCUAUAUCUUGUAAAUAAAAUGUACAACUUUGUAGCAGCAAUUCAAAUGUAUGUUUGUUGUAGAAUGUAUAAAAUAUGACAUAUAUAUUAGGAUACAUUGUCUGUGAUACUUAAUAGUAAUAAAAAUUGUUAUAAAAUAUUU